UGCGGAGCAGCGGAGGGUGGAGCCGGGGGCGGAGGCAGGCCAGAGUGGAAGCAGCUCCAGGCGCAGCUCUGACUGGGGCAGGUCGGCGGCGUUUGCCGCGGUGGUGACAAGAGAGUGGCCGGACCCCUACGACCCGGGGCGGAACUCUGCGAUCCAAGUGCUCGGCUCCCCAAGCGAGGUGGGCGGGCGGGCGGCUCGGGACCCUGGCCAGGGCCGGCAUGGAGCGGUGGCGUGACCGGCUGGCACUGGUGACGGGAGCCUCGGGGGGCGUCGGCGCGGCCGUGGCCCGAGCCCUGGUCCAGCAGGGACUGAAGGUGGUGGGUUGUGCCCGCACCGUGGGCAACAUCGAGGAGCUGGCUGCCGAAUGUAAGAGUGCAGGCUACCCCGGGACUUUGAUCCCCUACAGAUGUGACCUGUCAAAUGAGGAGGACAUCCUCUCCAUGUUCUCGGCGGUCCGCUCUCAGCACAGCGGUGUGGACAUCUGUAUCAACAACGCUGGCUUGGCCCGGCCUGACACCCUGCUCUCAGGCAGCACCAGCGGCUGGAAGGACAUGUUCAAUGACCCGGACUCUGUUUUGGAUGCCCCCCCGCGCCCCCGCCCCAGGGUGCUCUGUGGCUCCGUCACCUGCUCAGAUGGGCCCAAGCUGGAGACACCCCAUUGCCCCUCUGGCCUGCAGGUGAACGUGCUGGGCCUCAGCAUCUGCACACGGGAAGCCUACCAGUCUAUGAGGGAGCGGAAGGUGGAUGACGGGCACAUCAUUAACAUCAACAGCAUGUCUGGCCACCAAGUGCCACCCCAGUCCGUGGCCCAUUUCUACAGUGCUACCAAGUACGCCGUCACUGCGCUGACAGAGGGGCUGAGGCAAGAGCUUCGGGAGGCCCAGACCCACAUCCGAGCCACAGCCUGGCCUCUGACUGGGGCUCAGCUCCUGAGCAGGCUGUCUCUGUUGGCCCAGUGCAUCUCUCCAGGAGUGGUGGAGACACAAUUCGCCUUCAAACUCCAUGACAAGGACCCCGAGAAGGCAGCUGCCACCUAUGAACACAUGAAGUGUCUCAAACCUGAGGAUGUGGCCAAGGCUGUCAUCUAUGUCCUCAGCACCCCGCCACACGUCCAGAUCGGAGAUAUCCAGAUGAGGCCCACGGAGCAGGUGACCUAGUUUCCUGUGGGGAGCUCCUCCUUCCCUCCCUGCCCCUCAAGGCUUGGCACCUGCCUCUGGAUUUGGGGUGUUGAUUUCUGGACCCUUGGAUUCCACUUCCUUUCCCCACCCCCACCAGGGGCUGGAAAACUUGUUUGAGGUUUCAUAUAAUCUUGUCAAAUUGUUUCCACUGAAUUUGGAAAAUGGGCAGGGGAGAGGAGGUGGUGUCCCUGAUUGUUUUACCUGCUGAUUCAUUCUUGGUCUCCGUUUUGGGCUCUUUGGCCUUUGUUUGCUGUCCUUGGUCUCUUCCCUUUGACCUGGGAAAGGGACUGUGGCCAAAAGUGGGGCUUUCCCCUAUCAUCUUGCACCCCACCCCCGUCCCUUCAGGAUGAGGAGGCAGAGGGAAGCCCUCACCUUCCAUCUGAAUGGCUUUCGGGGCUCUGGGCUUCCUCCUUUCCCUGCAUCCCACCCCCACCCCAUCUAUUCCCCGUCCCAGUUCUCCAGCCCCACUGUGGCUUCUCAGCCCCCGGUGGGGUCCUCACUCCACUCUAUGGCAGCAGAGUACCAGGGCCUGCCUCCCAUGUGAUCAUUAAAAAAGAAAAACUGCGACAACCUA